AUUCUGAUACGAUUUCCGUCGGAAAAACUGUGAUAUUUAAAAAGCACGCCUGCCAGCUAACGCCCAGUUGACUCCAAUGCAGACCUCUGGUAGAGGUUUGAGGCUUCUCGAUGGAUUGGGUUUGGUGUGUCGUCAGCAUCAUAUUGCUGGUCACAUCCGGGACUGUCAAGAGCGGCGUAUUCAAUCGGCUUGUCGAUGAUGCCAUUGAGGAAGAGAAACCUGUCAUCAAGUGUGCAGGGAAAUUGUUAGCUGACAGCAGUUCUGGCCAGCACGAGGACACAGGGGCAAAGAGGCUGAUUGACACGGACACGGACCAAAAUCUGAAAGCAAGACUUUAUCCGUCAGGCAACGCUUCUCCGACUCGCUACAAUUCCUCGUCCAGCUACAGAUCACCGUCCAGCGGCGGCGCCAGACCCUCGUCACCGGGCUUCAAUUUUGCCGAAUUUCAAAGACUUCGAAAUCAACACCGGCAAGCCGCCGCGCAGAAACCCCAACAGAACCCUUGGGACCGCUCGGACUCUUUCAGCUCGACGCCGAGCCGGAGCUACGACCGCUCACGCAGCUGGGACAGGCAGCCGAGCUUGGACAGGUCACCGAGCUUGAGACGUUCGGAUACCUUUGGUUCCGGUAAUACUACACCUAAAGCCUGGUCGCCUACUCGAUCUGUCAAUGGUUCCGGAUCACCUGCUCGGUCUCAUUCCGGACUCGGGACAGUUCCGCGCUCUAAUUCCGGACUUGGGUCACUUCCGCGGUCUAAUUCCGGACUCGGGUCCCCUGGUCCCUAUGGUUCCGGUCGUGCAACUCCGGGAGCGUACGGAGGGGCGGCGAGGGGAGGUUAUCCAGGAAGAGGAGGUGGUGGAGGUUUCGGCGGUUAUCCAGGAGGAGGGGGAGGUGGCGGAGGUGGCGGAGGUGGAGGAGGCUCAGCGGGCCAAUCGGGUGCGAGUGGUCAAGGAGGAGGGGGAGGGGAUGGAGGGGGCUACUACGACUCGACGUCGAAGUCGUUGGACUACGGAAUAAAGAAUUUCCCGGAUAUGAUCGCGUACCAAGGAAAGGUGCCUGGGAUCAUCGGCAGAUCGCGGGACGGGAAGACUUUGUACGCGGUUUGCGAUGACUGCAAGAAGAAAAACCCGGGCAAGUUCGAUCAUAUUAAUUUCGGGAAACCAGGAGACAAGAAUGGCUGGUGGGAGGACUGCAAAAAUCCUUCCAAGAUCCCCGCCUGACGAGGCUGAGGAUGUAGUCCAGGCAACGGAGAAUGAAAUAGGGACUCGCGGCAAAAAUUUUACUAGAAACAUCAUGUUGAAAGAUUUCGCUGUUUGGUCAAAAAAUAAAAAAUGGACGUAUUUCUAUCAAACGGAACUAAGCGCCACAGGGGGAGGACGGGAGAGAGGGGCUAAAAUUGGCGGGUGUUGCGAAACCCGAUGCUUGUUCCAUCCUAUACUAGCGAUGCUUUUUCAUGGCGCUUAGUUCCGUUUGACAGAACGGAGAACGCGCUAUCCGGGAUUCUAAAAUCAUUAAAAGGAACUCAAUUUGGCGCUAAGUUCCGUUUAACAGCAGUACGUCCAAAUAACCCAGAUAUUUUCAGAAAACAAGACUUUAGGCAAUUUCUUAACGUAGCGGCUUUAGCGGCGGAGAGAUCUUCACACCAACGUGAAAUUCUAAUUCAGCGUUCGAAAAUGCAAGGGAAUCCCUCAAUAAGAAGUUUUUCGGGAAAUUUUCUCCAAGAAUGUCCCUAUUGUCUUGAUAGAGCAAGCGCGCGCGGACGUCUGGCGCCAUGUCAUGUGAUUUUCUGAAAAAAUCUAGGUGUAUUGAGGGAUAGUUCUCACUUUUUAUAAUAAAUUUCCUUCUUUUGAGUGUGAAAUGUUCGGGGUUCACAAUUCUUGUACUAUUUCAUGAAACCCCAUCAUUUGAAGAAUAGAGAUUCGACAAAUAAAAGUCAAACUUGAAGUUUCA